UUUUCAGCGCUAGUUGUGUGUGAGAGCUGGAAUGUUGAGUGCGCGCGCGCGUGCGCGUGUAAGUCUCGCUCGUGCCCCUAGAGGCUCGUCUGUGUCUCCGUCAGUCAGUGUGUGUCUGUCGGUUCUUCGGGUCUGUAUGUGAGUUCGAGGUUCGAUCAUCAUAAUGUCCUCCGCGGGAUCAUGCGGACCGGCACCGGGACCGAAUCACGGCGGUUCUUGUCCCGCUCCCGGCACGACAAACCCGCGAAAGUUCAGCGAGAAGAUCGCGCUGCACACGCAGAGGCAGGCGGAGGAGACGGCGGCGUUCCAGCAGGUCAUGAUGGACCUCACCUCCACCCGGGUCCAGGCACAGAAGGUCCGAUUGGCCAGAACCCAGGGCCCGUAUUACGGCGGAUCUCUGCCCAACGUCAACCAGAUCGGCAGGAACGCCUCAGAGCUCCAGGGCUCGUUCCACUCUCCGCUGGAUUCCAGUCGCUCCACACGGCAUCAUGGUCUAGUGGAGAGAGUGCACAGAGACCGGCGCUUCGUCUCUCCCAGCAGACCCUACAGGAGACAAAUGGACAACUCUCACAGCAGCUCUGCGUAUCUGUCUCCGCCCCCUGACCCCAGCUGGAGAAGGAACUGGAACAGUAACUUUCCAUCGGACAAGAGCCAGAUCUUCCAUCAGCUGCCCACCGCCGCGCUCAACAGAACGAACUCUGAUUCGGCGCUUCACACCAGUGUGAUGAAUCCUCCGGCCGGAGACCCGUUCGCCGGACUCUCUCUCGCGGCGCAGGGCAGACGGGCCGUGUUCUCGUAUCAGGUUCCUCCCAUCGAGGAGAACGGCCCGGAUGACGGACGCCUGCUCAAACCCUGGGACUCCAGAAAGCUGCCGCUGCUCUCUUCACGACCAAAGUCCUGUGAGGUGCCUGGAAUCACUGUCUUUCCCUCUCCGGACCAGCCGGGCGGCGCUUCUCACGGCGCAUCAGUGUUAAAUACGGGCGGCUCUCUGCCGGAUCUGUCCAGCCUGCACUUCCCGUCUCCGCUGCCCACGCCGCUGGACCCCGAGGAGCCCGGGUACCCGUCUCUCAGCGGCGGCAGCAGCACGGGGAACCUGACCUGCACCCUCACCCAGCUGGGCAUCAACAGCUCCAGCGCCUUCCACUCGGCCGGUCUGCUGCCGUCUCUGCAGGGCACGCUGAGUAACCCCUCCCUCCAGUCGUCGCUGAGCAACCCCAACAUCCAAUCGUCUCUCAGCAGUCACUCGUUCACCAACUCGCUGAGCUCCGCCUCCCUGCACUCGUCCCUGAGCAACCCCUCCCUCCAGUCUUCGUUAAGCUCCUCCCCCUCUCUGAGGUCAUCGCUCAGCAGCCAGUCGUUGCAGUCCUCCCUCAGUAACUCCUCCCUCCAGUCGGCAGCCAGCAAUCCCAGUUACGGCGGCUCGGGCUCCUUCGCUCCACACACACCUGGACAGGUGCAGCCGCAGCUGAGCACGUCCCCCCGCAGACGAGCACAGCUGUCCCCCCUGAUCCUGCCUUCGGACACACGCCGACAUCACCCCAAACAGUUCUCGCCCACAUCCUGCUCCCUCAGCUCCAUCACACAGGGUGUGGCUCUCGACACCAGUAAGCUGCAGAUGGAUCAGAGGUUAUCUCAGUAUUCUUUUGGGCAGCAGCAGGUUCAGAAAGGUCCCGCUCCUGCGCAGACGGGCGUCCACACGCACCGCCCGUCAUCACAGACAUGCGCAGCUUCACCAACACAACAUGCAAAACCUGCACAAGACGCAGAACUUCCAAUGCAGCGGCCCAAUCAGAACCAAAACCCUGGGAGUUACGGGUCUGUAGACGCAUCGCAGCCGGACUCGCAGACGGAGCAGCAGACGGGUCAGAGCCGGCCAAUCCCUGCUCUCCAGCAGAUCAGCGAACUGGACCUGUACAACGACACAAUGUUCCUGAACUCUCUUCUGGACGAGCCGUACCUGGACCUGCAGUUAUCCAGCCGCCAGAACCAGAACCUGAGUCUGAGCCAGCAGUUUGGUCUGGACUCUCAUGAUCUGGGCUCUGGUUCGGUGAAGGCUCACGGUCAGCAGGGGGCGCUGGAGCUGCUGGAGUCCUCAGAGCAACAGAUGGGCUCUCACAACCAGUGUCAGACGUACUCAGACGGGCGGCACACGGUGCCCAACAUCAUCCUGACGGGAGAUUCUCCAUCAGGACUGUCCAAGGAGAUCACGCACGCCCUGUCCGGUGUGCCGGGGUUUGAGAUGGACCCGUUCUCCUCCGACGACUCGCUCCGGAUGGACCCGCUGGCGCUGGAGGGUCUGGGCAUGCUGACGGACGGAGACCUGAUGCUGGCCGACCCGGCGGUGGAGGACUCCUUCCGCUCGGACCACCUCAAGUGACCGGCGGGUUUGUGAAUGUCCCACGGGCGACCGCGGACGUCAGCGCGCAUGUGGCACUUUGGGUCGAGCGCCGGCAGGUUUCGUAACUUGCGCUUGAACUGUGAGCUUCUGCCCUUUAACUCUCUGCACUUCUCAGACGAUCAAACCCGCACGCUCCUGUUACAGACAUCACAGCCGUGCCUCCGCCCAAACGCCAGUCCCAGCAUGCACUGGACCACACCAGGUUAAUUCACACAUGCACUUAAAGCUAAAGUGUGUCAUUGUUGUGUUCAGAUGUUCCUGAAGAGGGAAACACUGUGACUCUGACUCUGCCAAUCAUGUGAGUCAGGGGGCGGGGCUAUCUGACUGACCAAUGACAGACGAGGGGAGUGUCUGUCUGGAAACACUGAGUGGCUGUGUUCAGAAUGGCAUACUAUCAUCCUGCAGCAUAUACUGUGCUCUGUUGUAUCCCAUGAUGCAAUUGUGCUGGGUAGUAUCUGUAGUCUGUAAAACUAAAUACUUGUAGUCUAAUGACAUUACGCUUUAAAAUACUCACAAUCUGACUACUUUUUUAUUGAUCACAUGUCUAAAUAUUCACAAAAUGGCAGUAAAUUCUUCCUAAAUCUUCUUUUUUAUCUUUUAAAAUAACCCCCUAUCGCUUGUAUAUGUUCAAAAG